CAACUUCUCUCAUGAGAGGAAGAAGUGCUCACCUCGGGUCUCACAAGCUGAUCAUCACCUCUCCUAGCUUCUAGAUACUCUCACGAAACCUCUUAGCAAACACCCCAGGUUAAAGCCCUGGUGACAUCUGCCAUUUUUGGGCUCAGCGACAGUGGAAGGAGUCACAUCUCGAAGAAAUUCUGUGGGCAUCUGCCUGUUUCGCAUCUCUUUGUUUCUGGACUGUGCUGAACAAGAUCUUGUGAGGCACUCUGAUCCUUGUCCGCAGGAGAAGGGAAAAGGAGGCUCAUGAGUUUCCUGGCCUCAAAUAUCAGUGACGAUACCUUCAUCCCUCACGAUAUCUCUCACAAUAUCUCUCAACAGUUGCCCCAGAGCAUAUCCCUGGACUCCUCCUCUAUUUCAACCUCCACGCCAAUCUGUUCUGUUGUCCUUCAAUCCACUGAUUGAGACCUUCGAUCACUUAAGCCGAAAAUUGUGGCCAGCCCUCAAACAUCGCAACCCUAGUCAUUGUGCCCAUCCUCCUUCCGGCAGUGCAAACACCCAUCCACAUAUAGCGGAAGACUGCAGCGGAAUCGAUACAACCACCGCAAGUGGAGUAAAGGGUCGACUUUUGUUUACCAUUUCUCUUCCUUCAAGAUGGACACGCUUCUUACCGCCGAGAUCGCGGCCAACGCGCCGCGUUAUCGUCGAAAGAGCUCUACCUUCAUCGACGCCAUUCAUGACAUCUCUGAGGACCAGAACCUGGCGCCCGCCCAGCUCUACAGCACCAUGUCUGGAAGGCUGUUCCACUCGGGUAGGAUAGCGAUUGUCAUGGUCGGCCUGCCAGCACGUGGAAAGACGCAUAUAUGCGUCUCGAUGGCUCGAUACCUGUCCUGGCUCGGGGUGAAGACUCGAAUUUUCCACCUUGGAGACUAUCGUCGAGCUACAGUUGGACCUGGUGAGACUGUGCCAGAGGACUACUUCUUCCCCAACGCCUCCCCAGCAUCCGUCAUGCUGCGGCAGAAGAUCCUCAAAAAGUGCCGUGAGGAUAUCUAUGCUUGGCUGAACCAUGAGAAUGGUCAAGUUGCCAUCUACGAUGCGGUCAACCCUACUGCCGCCGGUCGCCGUGCACUUGCCAAGGAGUUUGCCAAGCACGAUGUUCAGUCCUUCGUCGACGACGAAAAGAUAUUGAGAGAGAAUGCCAGAAAUGUCAAGAUCUCGUCUCCUGACUUUCAUGGUAUGGAUCCAGACGAGGCUGCCAAGCUCUACCUCCGGCGUAUCGAGAUGAAAAUCCCAGUCUUCGAGACAAUGAAUGAGAAGGAACUCAACUACGUCAAGAUGAUCAAUGCCGGUCGGGCAUUCUUCUACAACAACCUCAGCUUCAACUAUCUGUCUCAUCGCAUUGUCUUCUACCUCACCAACCUGCACAUCAAAUCCAGGACCACCUUCUUCGUACGAGCCGGUAGUGCCGAGGAGGAGUCAUACAGAAGUGAUGCAGACCUCUCCGAGGCCGGCAGGGCCUACGCCAUCAAGAUGACCGAAACUCUCCUAAAGCAUCGUGAACAGGAGCGGCAGUCAGCUAUCGAAGCUGGCGGUCCUGACAUUCCACUGAGACCACUGACGGUGUGGACUUCGACACGGCUGCGGACCGUGCAGACAGCCAAGCCGCUACAGGAUGAGGGAUACAAGGUCCGCCAGCGGUCCCAGAUGAGCUCCAUCAACCCUGGUGUCUGUGAAAAGCUGUCAGAGCGGGCUAUCCGUGCUAUGUAUCCCGACGAGGUCGAGAAGCACGACUUAGACCCGUACCAUCAUAGAUACCCGCGCGCUGAGUCCUACCACGAUCUCGCUGUCCGACUGGAGCCCAUCAUUCUCGAGCUCGAGCGCGAACAAAAUGACCUCUUGAUCAUUGCGCACGAGUCUGUCCUUCGCGUUCUGUACGCCUACCUGAUGCACUGCAGCACUAUGGAUAUUCCCAAGCUCAAGUUCCCACGUGACGAGAUCAUUGAGAUCAUCCCAGCCGCGUACCAGAACGAAGCCAAGCGCAUCCAUAUUCCCGGUCUCGAUCCCAAGAUGAUCCCCGGCUCGCCCGAGGAUAUUCGCAUUCCCGUGCCUUCGAUGCCGCCCAGUGGGCAACUCAGUCCCAUUGCCGGCCUGUCGACUCCUGCAGAGGGAUCCAUUGCCGAGCAGAGGCGACCCGAGAAGGUGAUCAACAUGGUUGCGGAGAUGGUGAAGGACAAGGUGGCAGAUGAGGACUAGGAGACUGGUGGCUGCUCGUCGUGAACGGUGCCACAAUACUAGACGAUAAAGGCCUUGGGGUAGUAACAUGAGCUGCACUUUGGGUGUCGUGCGCGAGUAUGAGGCCUUUGCCCACAGAAGUGAUGCUCUAUGCUCUUGGGCGGGAUCGAUAAAUGCAUUUCUUGCCGGGAGGGAGGGGGGCAACAGAUCAUGGUCUCUAGAAAGGGCCUCUCGUCCAGUGGGAUGGCUCGGUGAUGGAGGAACCCCGCAGAAGGGCUCAUUGCUUGUGCACUCAACUAGACUUGACUGGGUGACUUUUUCUCGACCGAUUGUGUGCGUGUUCCUCCCAAAGACACGCGCCCACUUUAGAUCAGUUCUCUCAAAUAGUCAACAGUCAGAAUACCUAGACCUUGGAAGGGGCUAAAUCAUAAGACACCUGAUCCUAAGGUUUCCUUAACACC